AUGCAACACUACACUCUAUUAUACCUCUACUUGCUCGCUACAGCUUAUGCCGCAGUGUGGCCAUUCCAACAAGAGGAAAAUACAUUAGGUGCGACACCGUCCACACCAUGGUGGGAAGGAAUUUUUGGAGGUGCAACUAGCACUUCUGCUCUGGCCUCAUCCACUGAACUGCAACAAAGUCAACUGUCAAGCUCGGUGACAGAAGCUUCUGGCACCAAUUCUGCAUCAUCCAGUCAACCAUGGUAUGCUGGUCUAUUCGGAGGAUCUACCAGCUCCAUUCAGGUAAGCAGCACAUUAUCACCUUCUAGCACCUCACAAACUGAAAGAAUUUCUUCUCAAUCCGCAUCAUUUACAACGGAAGCGUCAUCAACAAGCUCAGCUGGUGGAAUAGAGGGCUGGCUCGGCGGUAUAUUUGGAGGGGGAUCAAGUGGAAGCUCAUCAUCCCAAUCACAAACCACAGACGAAACAGAGCUGAACUCAGAUGGUGAUGGUGUUGCAAACCCAUACUCGCCUGUCAAUGUUACAUGCCCUGGAGAUGUUCUUGUACGUGAAGGUGAUGGCUUGUCUGACAAUGAAAAGAAUUAUAUUGAGGCUAAACAAGAGCAGACAAACAAGUUUUUAAUCAGUUUCUUAAACAACAGAGCCAAUUUGAGCAACUUCGAUGCCGAAUCAUUUAUUAACGACAAUUCAGAUGAACACAACAUAACCAUUGGUUUGGCUUUUUCAGGGGGUGGUUACAGAGCUAUGUUGGCAGGUGCGGGAUCAAUUUUGGCGCUUGAUAACAGAUUUGAAGAUUCCAACACUAAUGCUUUGGGUGGCCUUUUACAAGCAUCUACUUAUUUGGUGGGACUUUCAGGGGGAUCCUGGAUGGUGGGUACUUUAGUCUUAAAUGACUGGAUAUCCGUUGAAAACAUAUUGAAUGGGUCUUCUCAAAUUUGGGACCUUGAAGCUUCCAUUUUGGAUCCAAAUGCUGGUGAUUUGAUAGAGUUGGCCAGAUUUUACACUGGAGUUGGUACUGCUAUUGUCAACAAAAACAGAGCUGGGUUCAACACCUCCGCUACAGACAUUUGGGGUAGAGCUUUGAGUCAUCAAUUUUUGGAUGAUUCUAGCGGUGGUGCUAACCUUACAUGGUCAAGCAUUCGUAAUUUGACCAGCUUCAAAGACCACUCGAUGCCUUAUACCAUAUUGAUUGCUAAUGGUAAGACUGUGGAGGCCGAAGUAAUUAGCCCGAAUCUGACAUUUAUCGUGGAAAUAUCACCAUACGAGUUGGGUAACCGUGAUGCAUUGAAUGCUUUUGUCGACACUGAAUACUUGGGGUCCAGUCUUGAGGAUGGUGAUUCACACCAAUGUGUUAAAAACUUUGACAAUGCAGGUUUUGUCAUGGGAACAUCAUCGUCUGUAUUUAAUUCAGUAUUUUCAAAUUUGGACGAUUACGACGUCAGUACAGUCCUUAGACCAAUCUUUGAUCAAAUAAUGUCGGUGGUGAGUGACACGAAAGAUGACGUUGCUGUAUACAAACCAAAUCCAUUCUACGAGACAUCGUAUGCCCAAGUUGAUACCAUUAUUAACAACAAUACCUUGUUGUUGGUUGAUGGUGGUGAAAACGGUCAAAAUGUUCCAUUUUAUCCAUUGAUUCAAAGUGAUCGAGGUGUUGAUGUAAUCUUGGCUUUUGACAAUAGUGCAGAUACUAAGGAAAAUUGGCCCAACGGUACUUCCUUCACAGAGACCUACAAAUGGCAAUUCACCAAUCAAGGAAAAGGAACUCCCUUCCCUUAUGUUCCUACAGUGGACACAUAUUUGAGCGAGGACUUGAAAGAAAAGCCAAUAUUUUUUGGCUGCAAUGCUUCGGCCUUGUCAGAUAUUGUUGAUUUUCACAACGACAAUGAUUUGAAUGAAACCGACGUACCUUUGGUGGUGUACUUAUCCAAUCACCACGAAUCCUACUUGUCAAACUUCUCCACCUUUAAGUUAGCCUACGACAAUGCAGAAAAGACGGGAACCAUCAGAAAUGGUUAUGAAGUUAUGUCCAGGGGUAAUUUGACUGAUGAUUCAAAUUGGGCUACUUGCGUUGGUUGUGCUAUUAUAAGGAGACAACAAGAGAGAUUGGGAGAAGAACAGAGUGAAGAAUGUGCUAAAUGUUUCCAAGAAUACUGCUGGACAGGAACCGCUAAAGAUGCACCCCAAGUUUCGGGAUUUAGAUCUGGUCUGAGCAACUCUUCCAGCUCUUCUAGCUUCUCCAGCUCCACCGUUUCUUCAAACAGCCAACGCAACAAUUCUUCAAUUGCGGGUGAAUCUAGAACAGGCAGUGUGCUGGCUACAACUACAGAUACUACAGCCUCAGCGCCCACAACAGCAACCACAGCGACUACAACAGGUUUGAUCAUUAUCGGUGGAGGAAACAGCGAAAGCAACAGCUCUCCUACUGAAUCAACUAUCAACAAUGGGCCAACAACUUCCAACGGGCCCACUACUUCGCCAUCACCAAGCUCAUAUACGGGACACGGGGUCAAAGUGACUUCCUCUUCUUCCUUCUUUAUUGUCGCCAUUCACUUGUGUAUGACAUAUCUUGUUACAUUUAUAUAA